AUGCUCCUCUCUGCCCUUGUCCUUGCCUCCACGGCCUCGGCAGCCAUCUUCACCGGUCGACCGGCCAACGCAACAGUCGGCGUCGGCGGUGAGACCUUCCGCCUCUCCUGGCUCGACGACGGCAAGGCGCCCUCGCUGGCAGAGAUUGGACAGACCAAGAUCGAGCUCUGCAUCGGCUCUCGCGCGACUCAUGAGUGUCCCCAAGUUGCGGGAACCGUCAACGUCGGAGCGCAGAAGGACCUGAACUUCACAGUCGAUGCCAACAUAGGCGAGGACGGACAGUACUACUUCUUCAAGUACACUGGAAACAACUUUGUGGGCUACUCGACCCGCUUCUUCUUGAAGAACAUGAAGGGCGACUUUACGGAGAGCCAGGAGGCCCUCGUCAAGAACCUGACCGUCGCUGCUAUGCCCUCCGAGACUGGCUCUAUGGCUGGCGCCGCCGCUCAUUCCUCUGCCAAUGUCGUGCCAACUCUUGCCUCGGCUGCGGCCAAGCCAUCGGAGGCAGCGGCCAAGCAGGACUCAGCGGCUGGCAAGAUCGGAGCCUCUGUUGCUGCAGCUGUCCUUGCGGUCGUUGCUGGCGCCACUCUCUUCUAG